UGUAAAGUGCUAUACACGGCCAUUCCCACCACCACCAACAGAAAGCGUAAUGCUCUCAGAAGAAUCCGGAAAUCAUGGCAGAGGUGGAUGAGUGUCGCAGUAGCGCCAUCACGGAAGCCGGCAGAAGGGAACCGCUUCUUCCGUCGUCGGACGUCAAGUCGGCGAAGCCUUCUUCUCCAAUGUCCUGGAGACUCAAUGUUAAGGAGUUUCGUUUGCCAAGCCAUAGUGGUGACCAUCCUAAUCACCGUUCUUUCGGCUUUAAAGGCCUUCUUCGCAGACCCCGAAAGCAACGCAAGGUGGCAGAAUAUUACAAGAACCAAGAAAGGCUCCUUGAAGGAUUCAAUGAGAUGGAUACAAUGAAUGAAACGGGUUUCUUUCCCGGAAGUCUCACUGAGGAUGAAAUGAAGCAACUAGCAAAGAGGGAGAGAGUGGCAGUUCAUGUGUCAAAUUUUGCUAACUUGGUGUUAUUUUCAGCAAAGGUUUAUGCUUCAGUUAUGAGCCAAUCGUUAGCAGUCAUUGCCUCAACACUAGACUCCCUCCUGGAUCUCUUAUCUGGGUUGAUAUUGUGGUUCACUUCCCAUGCCAUGAAAAACCCAAACCAAUAUCAUUACCCAAUUGGCAAGAAACGGAUGCAACCAGUGGGUAUCAUUGUUUUUGCAUCUGUGAUGGCAACCCUGGCCUGUGAAUGCACGUGUGAUGUUGCAGAACCAGACGCGGCCACCCAAAAGGACAAACCAAGCCAAACUCUCAAAUUCAAAGUCGUCUCUAUCGCUUCCAUCCUCGUCGCCGGUGCUCUUGGGGUGAGCCUCCCUUUACUGAGCCGGAAAGUCCCAUAUCUCGACCCCCAGAACGACGUGUUCUUCAUGGUGAAGGCUUUCGCCGCCGGCGUGAUCCUCGCAACUGGGUUCGUUCAUAUAUUACCAGACGCCUUCGAGACUCUCACUUCGCCGUGCUUGAAGCACGGCCCGUGGUCCAAAUUCCCGUUCACCGGCCUCAUCGCCAUGGCGGCUUCGGUGGUGACGCUAAUGACAGAUUCAAUCGCCACAGGGUACUAUAAGAAGCAACAUUUCAACAGCUCAAAGCAAGUUUCUACAGAUGCUGAUGAAUUAGAAUCAGGAAAUGAAAAUGCUGGUCACGUUCAUGUGCAUACCCACGCCACACAUGGCCAUGCUCAUGGAUCAUCUCACGAUGUCGAACUACUAACAUCAUCAUCAGCUGAAGUGAUCCGUCACAGAAUCAUAUCGCAGGUGUUGGAGUUAGGAAUAGUGGUUCAUUCUGUGAUCAUUGGGAUAUCACUGGGAGCUGCGCAAAGCGUUCAAACUAUAAAGCCUCUUCUUGUGGCACUUUCAUUUCAUCAGUUUUUUGAGGGCAUGGGUCUUGGUGGCUGCAUUUGCCAGGCAAAAUUCAAGUCAACAUCGGCAGCAAUAAUGGCAAUAUUUUUCUCACUGACAACGCCAAUGGGGAUAGCGAUAGGAGUGGGAAUAUCAGGAGUUUACAGAGGCAACACCCCAGCGGCUCUCAUAGUGGAAGGAGUCUUCAACUCUGCAUCUGCAGGAAUUCUCAUAUAUAUGGCUUUGGUUGAUCUUCUUGCUGCUGAUUUCAUGAACCCUAAGCUUCAAUCCAACUCCAAGAUUCAACUUUCUGCUCAUCUCUCUCUUCUUCUCGGCAUAGCUUCCAUGUCUUCUCUAGCCAUCUGGGCUUGAACAUCACAAGUUUUUUUUUUUGUUUUUGUUUUUGUUGUUGAAGUAGUUAACAUUCUGCAGAAGGCAAUAACUUUCUAGCUAGCUAAGACAGUUUUGUAAUUUUUUUGGGGAAGAAAGGGUUUCUAGAUCAUGUAUAUCGCAUAUGUCCCUGGAACUUUAUGGUCAUAACUUUUGAAUUUUUGGAGAAAAUUAUUUAUAAAUUUUGAAAAUUAAGCACAUAAAAA